CAAUUUGCGAUCUUUUCUUCCGCACCCUCUUUGCUUUUUUCCUCCUCGUGUGUGUGUGUGUAAGAAAGAAAGAGAAGACAGAAGAAGUCUGAGAGAAAGCUUUGAUUUUUUCUUCAGAGGGGAGAGAGCGAAGAGCGAGAGAGAUGGAGAUUGAAGCAGUGGAGAGUGAAGCGAGAGGAGUUCCCACGCACGGAGGGCGAUACGUGCAGUACAACGUCCUGGGAAACCUCUUCGAGGUCUCCGCCAAGUACGUCCCUCCUAUACACCCCGUCGGUCGCGGCGCAUACGGCAUCGUUUGCUGUGCGACAAAUGCUGAGACCAAAGAAGAGGUUGCAAUCAAGAAAAUCGGAAAUGCAUUCGACAACAGGAUUGAUGCUAAAAGGACACUUCGAGAGAUCAAACUCCUUUGCCACAUGGACCAUGAAAAUAUUGUCAAAAUUAAGGACAUCAUAAGGCCACCAGAAAGGGAAAAUUUUAAUGAUGUGUAUAUCGUAUAUGAGCUCGUGGAUACUGACCUAAAUCAGAUAAUACGCUCUAACCAGGCUUUGACAGAUGAUCACUGUCAGUAUUUUCUAUAUCAAUUACUAAGGGGAUUGAAGUACAUACACUCUGCAAGUGUUUUGCACCGAGAUUUGAAGCCAAGCAACCUGCUUCUCAAUGCAAACUGUGACCUCAAGAUUUGUGACUUUGGGCUUGCAAGAACUACCUCGGAGACAGAUUUCAUGACAGAAUAUGUUGUAACUCGAUGGUAUCGAGCCCCUGAAUUGCUACUGAACUGUUCAGAAUACACAGCGGCCAUUGAUAUUUGGUCAGUUGGUUGCAUUUUCCUGGAGAUUAUCAGAAGGGAGCCACUAUUUCCUGGUAAAGACUAUGUUCAGCAGUUGAUGCUUAUAACUGAGCUAUUAGGUUCACCAGAUGAUUCAGAUCUUGGAUUUUUAAGAAGUGAUAAUGCUCGAAAGUAUGUCAAGCAGCUCCCUCGUUUCCCAAAGCAACCCUUUGUAGAGAAGUUCCCAAAGGUGUCCCCAUUGGCAAUCGAUCUUGCAGAGAAAAUGCUAGUGUUUGAUCCAUGCAAACGCAUAACUGUUGAGGAAGCACUGAAUCACCCAUACCUAUCCGGUCUUCAUGAGAUAAAUGAGGAGCCCACUUGUCCAUCUCCUUUUAUCUUUGGAUUUGAACAGGCAUCCUUGAAUGAGGAAGAUAUAAAGGAGCUCGUAUGGGAGGAGUCUCUAAAUUUCAACCCAGAUGACAUGAUGGAGUAAGCUCACCAUCACCAAUAACUGUCCUUGUUUCCCUGGUUUGGUUCGCUGAAGUCCUGGUUAAAAAGAUUGAGAUUUUCGUUUGGAGAGAGUAUACCAUAUACGUAUACUAUAUGUAAACUUCUGAAUAAGCAUAGCAUUUAGGGAGAUAGGUUCUCCCUUCCUGUCUUGAGAUGAUGGAUUGGCAGUUUGUGCUGGGAAGUUACUGGAUUCAUUCCUUUCUGGAAUCCAGUGCUCACUGAGGCUUGGUAUGCGUAAAAGAAGGCUAUGUUCUAUUAUGCCUGUGAUUUGUACAUUGUAAAUCCAAUUUUACUAAGAGAAAAAAGAACUUAAAAAACAAGUGUUUGUAUUA